AUGAGGCACGUUGGGAAUACUGCGAAAGCUCUUCCCAUGAUGAAGAAAGACUUUACGACUCAUUCAUACCUCAGAAAGCUGAGUAGGGUUUCGAUGAGUUAGAAAAAUUUUGUGAUAUACAUAGAUACUAGAAACUAGAAUUUGAUUAACGAACAGUUUGCACAGGUUACUUGCGUUUUCAUGUGUAAUCGGAACCAAACAACAGGCUCUUGUAGUUUGGCCGGGUAUGGACUGCAGCAGAUGCAGCUUAGAUUUCUUGUUUAUUUUGUAGAAAUAGCAAUAACUACUUAAUUACCCUUUGCCCUUGUGGGUUCUUCAGGGCCAAUAAAAAAACUUGGUACUACCGUGAACAAAUCUAGAAAGGCGGUCAGGGGGGGCCUGCGGGACCAAACCUGGGGCUUACGGAAUAUACGUCCUGCGCUCUAAGGGCGCUCGUCCACGUUUCCUCCUCUAUUUUAAUUUCAACAUCAUCAUCAUCAUCAUCAUCACAUCCUUUAUUUAAAAACUUAAAGCGCAUGCUUGUGGGGUCGUGUAAGACUAGUUACAAUCUAUAGAACUACAAUAAAUCUCUUAAAAAUAAUAUUCGAUAAGAAUUAGGAAAGAUACAAUGUAUAUGAGAUUUGAAAUGAAAUUAUACAUAAAGCACCAAUAAGUAAUUGACUAACAACAUUUAAAAACAAAAAAUAGACUAGCUGUGUGGCACAGAUCUACUUCGUUAACAUAGUUGUCCUUCUUCACUUUGCAAUACAAAUACGUACCAUGAACAAAUUCAAAUUCAGAAAGUACGAGUAAAUACGAGGGACAAUAAUGUUAUUGCCUCUUUUGAAGUUGUAAGCCAUACAGGGUUUAUUAAUAGUCAAAUGCGAUAAUGCGGCAGGUGCUUCGCCUUUAAAUACGCUGUGAAAUAGUCUAUAAUAGUAGGUUAAUGUAUUCCAUUUCGAAUACUGCAAGACCUCAGCAGCGGGCGUGUUCCAGGGCAAGUUGUAAACUACUCUGGCUGCCUUGCCCGCGUCGCAGAUGCUCUACAAAUAUUUUUGACGAGUGCGUGGACCGGCUGCAACGCAGGCUAUGGCUGCCCUGCGAUGAAGAAUUUUCGGAGAAUUUUAAAACGGAAUCCAUCAGGAAAUUGAGUAAUUUAAAUUUUCAGUCGACAAAACCCAUCACCAGAAUAAUUUAAACAAUAUCGCAUUCUUUUUUACAUUUUUCAAGGGCUAUAGACGUAGUUAGUUGUCUGUAAUAACACCAAAGAAAAUUCUCAUGGGAGCCCGAGAAAAUAAGUGUCAAAUUUCACAAAUGACAUCUUUCACACGUAAUUUUCAGAAUUUUACCUGUGUUUUUCACAACUCUUGAAAAAUUUAAGAUCUAUUUUCUCGGGCUCCCAUAAGAAAUUUUGUUGGUGUUAUUACAGAUAACUAAUUACAUCUAUAGCCCUUGAAAAUGUAAAAAGGAUGGCAAUAUUCUUUGAAUUAUUCUGGUACAAGGUUUUCGGGGGGUACUCCCGCGAAUUUUGGAUAGGGGUGUGCCGCGAAGGUUCGUGAACCCUAACCCUAUUUAAGGACUAAGAAAGCGAAAACUGAUACCCUUUUUAAGGCCCAAAGCCGAAAAAUGACACCCUUUUCAAGGAAAAAACAAAAUUAUUAAUAGCAUGAAAAGGAAAACUUUAUUUCUUCUCUGUAACAUUGGAUGUAUAGCAUCAAGCAUAAAACACUAGAAUAAGCCUAGUUUAAUAACCAUGAUACAUCUCUCAAUACCUGUUCAAUACUGUUUUCACACUCCAGUAUUAGAUAAUACAAUUAAGCUACCCUAUCUAAGGAUCACAGCAGGGACACAGAAACAAAAGGGUCGAAAAAGAUACCCUAUUUAAGGGCCGAGAACCUCAAAAACCAUACCCUAUUCCGCGGCACGUGCCUAUAUAGCCCAUAUAUGGGAGUACCCCCGGGAAGGUUUUGUCCACUGAAAAUUAAAAUUACUCAAUUUCCUGGUGGAUUCCACAUUAGCAAAACCGCCCCAAACUACGAGUAGUUUCUUCCUUUAACAAAACUCGUUAACGUCCGUUUUAAUAGUCAGAAUAGGUCCUUAUUUUUUUUACUCAUUUAGUUGCCAACUGUUUGAAUUCAUAUUACAUUUUCACUGUUACAAAGUUACAUAUCAUCUUUCUUUAAUUUGAUAGAAAUUAAAACUGCGUGUUAGGAAUAAUGUCUCACUUAGCUGGGCCCUUCCGCGUGGGCACUCAGUCGCUUAAUGAACUACUUACCCCUUAGAAUCUUCUAUUCUGUAAUUCAAGCAGCUGUCCGUGGGUAAUAGACGUACUCUUUGGCUGAUACCUCCCACAUUAUCUCGGGCUAUAUUAUAACGACAGCCCUAAGGUAGUUAUUUCAGCCGAACCAUUCCUCGAAAUUUGAAAAUUCAAGUUAACAAUGGAUUUUUUGAGAUGCAGGUGAUUUUCCGUCAUCUCUUCUUCUUAAUAAAAUCUCGUCAGUUAUUUGUAAUAAACUUGACCUUGCAGCAAGACACGCAGAGUGAUAAUUCGAUCCAACUCGGCUUCCCUUUAAAUUUGUUGCACUGCGUUAGUAUAAUUGCCUCCUGCUUUGGCGAUCUCCCUGACGUUGUAUUGUUUUGUGCAUUUUUCAUCGGGAAGCAACUUUAAUCAUAAUAUAGUUUCCCUCAGGGACAAUAUUCCAAGCUGCCCUUAAUAAAGGCCUGUUCGCAUUAACAAAAAAGCCGGGUUCAAGUGAACGCGUAGACGUAAUACGGUGCAAAAUAUGAAUUUAUGCAUAUCUAUUAACUUCAGCAAAUUAAAUAGCCACACAACUAUAGAUAUGACUAAUGCUGCAAGGCUGACAAAAACUGUAGUUGCCACCUUCUUAAUGUAUUGAUUCCCUUUUUUCUGGUUGUUUGCCAUUGCAGUUACCUCGAAAACGAUCUGGGACUAUGUUUCAGGGGCACCCAACGAGAAUUUAGUUCAAAACCGCUAAAACAUAGCAUUGUUAAACGUAUUUUGGUAUUUAAACAGUAGAUAUAGGCAUAUGUUUAUCCACUAAAAAUUUUUCAUCUGUUCGGAUUUCCUAGCUGAAAGUCUAGUGAUCCGAAAAUUAUAGGGAUCAAAACUUACCUUUUCGAAAAUUUCAGCCAGAAAAAAGGCUCCCGAAAAUUCUAGGUGACCAUUUUAGGGUAAAAAUCCGUCAAAAUAGGCAAUUAUACCAUGUUUUAGAUGUUCGAAAAUCCUAGGAGAAGCAGGCAAGCAAGAAAUUUUUCAACAAAAGAUCUCAAAUCGUCUUCCGAACAGAUAUUUUUCCGAACAUUGUCGUUGGGUACCCCUGCUAUGUGUCGCCGCUUGAACCGCCCGCUUCUAGUGCAACAGUUUCUCGUUUUUUUUAUGUCCAUUAUACUCCCGUAUGGCGAUUCUAAUUAAACCUCAAAGCCUAUACUUAGACUGAUGAGGCAGAUUCAAGGGAAAUAAGCGCAUUCGUCAUUAGAAGGCCAAAAACUGGAAAUUAUAUACACGAUUCCAAUUAUUUGCUUAAACGUAACCUUUUUCUCCGCAAGCAUUUUUAGGAACAUAGUGAUAAUACGAAAGCGAGAGCAGGCCAACUCGGUGCCAGAGGCGCAUCUCUUUGUUUUUUCGGUUUAUUUCGAUGAUAAUUUUAUCUCCCCAACGGACUUUCAAAGGGAAAAAGACGAGUAAUUUCACAAAUUAAUUCACUAAUAGGAUUCCCGUUAAAAAGCUUUUCUCGAUCGAGAUGUAGAGGUGUUUCUCUUCACCUUUUACUUUUUACUGAAAUGCUUAUGACAUUUUUGUUAAAAACAUCCGGUAGCACUGAGGAUUCACAAAGUGAUACCCUAGCCACCUGUAGGUGUUUCAAAUUAAGCUUAACUACCAUUGCUCCAAGCCAAUCAAAUUGCAGAAAUUUCUCAUGUAGUGGUAUAAAUUUAGUAAUUGUCAUUAUACGACCCUUCCGUCUUUUUCGCUUCCGAGAGGUAUGGUUAGGUAAUGUACGCAAGUUCAAUGCACUAUCCGGAUGACUGAAGACCUUUGCAACAAAUGGAUCAAACCAAUUAAUCAUUUUCACAGGUGAACGUAAAUAAAGAAAAGCGAGGACAUAAAGAUCACUUAUAUUAGUCAAUACAAAACGAAGGACGAAUCUCAGUAGAACGCAUCCUGAACUAUCGGAGACAUUUCAGUUAAUUCUACGAAAGCGUAUUCCUUUAAUCCGUUUUUAAAAACAAAUGCGUAUUCCGAGAGCUCUUCAGGAAUGUGAUGGGAGAAACUCAAGAGUUUUAUUCAACGCUUGUCGCUAACUGCAUUGUCAACGCUUUCUUCUCUUACACCGCUAUCGCGCUGAACACCGUAACGAUACAAGCGCUGAGAAAAACGUCGCAGAUACCAAAGACUUUAAAAAUACUGCUUCUGAGUCUGGCUGCAUCGGAUCUUUCGGUUGGUUUACUUAUUCAGCCUCUGUUCAUUGCAUUUCUUCUUUUAAGAAUAGAACAGAGCUCUAACAGUGUUAUUUAUACGGUAGAGAUAGCAUAUUACACCCAGCACAUUUUAUUUUCUUCCGCCUCGUUCCUCGGCGUUGUGGCUUUAACUGUUGACAGAUACUUAGCUAUAUGUCUUCAUCUCAGAUACCAGGAACUUGUGACUCAUAGGCGGGUUGUUGCUGUAGUAAUCGCCACUUGGGUGUUAAGUGUAAUUCUUUCCUUAAUGACUUGGAUCAUCACAAGGCAGGUUACUCUCAUCAUAUUAGUGACCCUUCAAGCUGUUUUUAUAAUAACCACAGGAUUCUCCUACUACAAGAUAUACGCAAUCAUAAGACGCCUCAAGAAUCAAAUUUGCGCUCUGCAAAUUCAACAGGCAGCACAAAAUGACGGAAUGGCAAAUGCAGUAAGGCUAAGAAAAACUGCAGUUGGUACAUUCUACGUGUAUAUUGCAUUUUUAGCUUGUUAUGGGCCAUUAUUUUGCGUCUUACUUUCUUUAAGAAUUUAUGGGGAAACUACUCUGCUACUGCAAUUGUGGUAUUAUGCUAUGACUCUUGUGUUUAUGAAUUCAUCUUUGAAUCCUCUGAUCUACUGCUUGAAGAUGAGACAGGUGAGACAAGUUAUAAUUAUGGAAAUACUGCGAAACAUCCGCUUUCUGAGUCAAUAAAGCGAGAGGAGAUCAGUUUGACAAAGCUAUAUUUUAUAUGUGGCCGAUGAUUUGUCAAAAACCAAGACGAUUUAUGGACAAAACAGGAGCAAAGCAACAGCUCUGUACUCCGCGUGCAUCACGAUCACCGAGGCACUUUUUCAAGCAGAUUUCUUUGUCGUUGACUGCACAACCAAGACUUGAAAUUUACCAUUGCAAGUGGUCUUAGGGCUCAACGUAGGAUGAAACUUUUUUCUCUUUUUCAACUUUGAUGCGCUUCCUGCCAUUCAGGUCCAAGAAAUUUCUCCUAACAUUGCAUUUGAUAAUCGGAUUCGAGCAAGGUCAAAUGAGUCUAUCUUACUCGAGCUACACGUCCAACUCUUGGCGAUAGUGCAUUCCAGUCAGCUGCACCUUUUCUCUGGAACGGCAUUACCUUCGGCAAUUUGCAAAAUAAAGAUAUUGGACACUUUUAAGACUGCUGUUAACACUCAUUUUUUUAAUUUGGCUUUUAAAUGGAUUUUUUUUACUCAUGUCUUGAUCUUUUAACUAGGUUUUUAAGUAGGUACAAUUAGCAAUUAGUAAUUGUUGGCUUUUAUUUCGUACAGGUUGGUAGUUUAUAAUAGUUCCUUACGUUUUAGUCUCCUUUUACACCACUGUUAAUUUAACAAUAUUGUAAAGCGCAACUCAAUAUAUCCAUAUAGAGUUUUGCGCUAAAUAAAUGUAAAUUUAUUUAUUAUUAUUAUUUUGGAAAAACAGUGAUGAUUUUGUCACUGGUUGAACCUUAUUCCUCUCUUCAUUUGCGUUUCCAUCCUGCUGUCGUUGGAAAUUCAUUAAAAUUCGCUGUACGUAUUAGCAGUCGUCGGUCAACAUUCGCGAGUAACAGUGCACUGUUACCCUCUAACGUCAUAGAUUUUGCAAUGUUGCCAGCUCAGAGAUUUUGGCUUGAAACAGUUUCAUUGUUAGUUGUCAAGUGACCUCGAAGUAACCAAUGAGAGCGCGCGCUGUUGGGAAGAAAUUUCCAGCUCGAUAACAAUUAUAUUACUUACUUGAUCGGGACAUCUACCAAUUUAGGUCCAUUCGAAAGCCGGAUAUAAGAGAUUGCUUUCCCUGGUAAACAAGAAUGGCAAAGUGAUAAAAAUAAUGGUCCACUGAUGUAAUUUAAGACUAUUAUUUAGGCACAGAAAUUGCUUUCCUCAGCGUAGUUCCAGUCUGUUGAUACGGAUGGCAAUGAUGGACAUGGAUUUAUAUGUAUGCCUGCAAAAACAAACAUCAUGGUUAGUUCUCCCUGGUGAAAUUUGUAUUAUAUCUUUACAACUCUAAAGACUCUACAGCAGCAUUUCGUGUAUAGGCGAACUUAGCACAGCAGAAUCGACUUAGAACAGGUCGAACCACGACACAUCCGGUAAUGAUACCUCCCAUAUGACGUACCUUUGCAGUUUUAAAGAAGAAAAAAAAAGGUAAUUCAUGACAUAACUAUUCCCGAGAACGGAUAUUUUUGGUUAAGAAGAGCAGGUGUUUUUCUUAUUAAUUCUUCCUGCUUAAAUAAGUUUUUCUUUUUUGUGUAAACAAUUCCGGUGGAAGGGCUCGCCGAGUGAUAUUUUUGGCAAUCAGUGUGUUUUUCUUUUGUUUCCGUCGCACGUUCUCCUUAAAACUAGCUGUUCUUUCCACUAAUUGAACGCCAACGUACUAUUCAAAUUGAAACCUAAAGUGCAUGUUGUGGACGAAGAUAAAGACCGAACACUAGCUUUCUUCUUUUUCUACCUUUAACGGUCAAGAAAUCUUACUGGCACUGUGUAUACGUACCGAAUCGAAAAGUGUUGCAUAGGAGAUAUAUCCAAUGUCAGUGAAACAAGUGAAAGUGAAACAGUUUUAGACGGUAAACAAGAAAAAGGGUUAGACAUCAGACGGUCAAUCCAGUGAAUUUAAGACAUUGAUUGACUGUGGAACAUACAACUUCCAAAAACUGAGUUACGGUCCAGUCGCAUUCUGACAAUUGUGUGAAAAAACAGUCUCACCAAAUCCUUUAACAGCUCUGAUGAUACAAACUAAAGAAUGCAUUCAGCGCUUGUCAUUACAUGUGUAUGGAACGCUUUCUUGUCUUCCACCGCCAUCGCGUUGAACAUCAUAACAAUACAAGCCCUAAGAAAAGCGUCAUCGUUCCCAAAAACUUUACAAACACUGCUGUUAAGUCUGGCGGUGUCUGAUCUUGGUGCAGCCUAGUCCUUAGGCGUUCUCGGCGCGGUCAAUCCUGGACUCCACCGUGAGCUGUGACGUCACCGGGAGAUACUCGCCAAUAUUGGCUAGGCGUUCUCUCGCCCGCUCUUUCCCAGACUUCGCGCGGACAACGGGUCAAGAGGGAACGCCUAGGGACUAGGCUGAUCUUGGUGUAGGUUUGCUUGUCCAACCUUUAUUCAAAGCAGAUCUUGUUUUGAAAACAGCGGAACGGAUCACAAACAAUUGCCGGAUUUGUACUUUGAGCUUGGAGAUCGGACAGGUUCUAUUUGCCUCUGCUUCUUUCGUUGGUGUUGUCGCAUUAACUGUCGAUAGAUUCUUGGCAAUCCAUCUUCAUGUAAGAUACCAGGAACUUGUGACUCACAAGCGUGUUGUUGCUGCAGUGAUCUCAAUCUGGGUGUUUAGUGCACUAGUUUCCCUUCUUGAAUCGAUCCAGAUCAAAAGCGAGGUCAUAUUUAUAAUAUUAAUAAGCACGGAGACUGUGUGUUACAUUACUACAGGAUUGCUUUACUGCAAGAUAUACGUCGCCGUACAGCAACACAGAAAUCAGAUUCACGCCCUGCGAGAGCAGCAAAUAUUACAUUUUACGUGUAUGUCGUGUUUGUGGCUUGCUAUUUACCAUUCUACAGCGUCAGAUUUGCCAUGA